AUGGGCCAGAAGAAGAUCGAGGCGUACAUCGAUUGCGUCUCCCCUUAUAGUUUCUAUGCUUUCGUCUAUCUCCAGCGCAACAAGCAAGCAUUGCAAAGCCUAGGAGUAGAAGUUGAAUUCAUUCCUGUCUUCCUCGGAGGAAUCAACGUUGGCACCGGAAACAAACCACCAUGGACCCUUCCAGCAAAAGCCGCCUACGCGCCAUAUGACACACGUCGUGCUCAAAAGUACUUCGGGGUAAAGUUCGACGUACCGGAGUUCUUCCCAAUUCUUUCCCUUUUGCCACAACGUUGCCUUACUUUUGUCAAGAAGGAAUACCCGGAGAAGUUUGAGGCACUUUACGAGGCAUUCCUCCAGACUCUGUGGCUAGAGUCCAAGGAUAUAUCCAAGCCGGAGCAGCUCAGAAUAGCUGCUCUCAAGGUCUUCAAUGAAGAGCAAGUCGAUGUCAUCAUGAAGGCUGCAGGUAAUCCCGAGGUCAAGAAGAUGCUAGAGGAGGCCACGCAGCACGCAAUGAAGGAUCUUGGUGCCUUUGGCUGCCCUUGGUUCUGGGUCCAUGAUGGGAACGGCAACGAGGAGCCAUUCUUCGGGAGCGACAGGUUUCACUUUAUGUGGGAGUAUUUGGGGCUUCCCCAUAGGGACCUGGAGCUCCAGACUCCCAAGCCGACUGGAAAGCUGUAA